UCACUAGGUAUUUAAAUCAGUUAAAAUUUAUUUCGAUAAUUUGUGUGUUAUUGUUAGUUACUAUGGUAUACACGCUUAGGCAAAGAAUUGAAAUGAUUUUUAUUUAUGGCGAGCAAGGAAGAUGCGCAAGAAGAACGGCAGAAGUUUUUAAUAAUAGAAAUCCUAAUUGUAAUGUAAGUCACAGAUACAUUUUGGACGUAGUAGCUAAAUUUAAUGAAACGGGUUCAGUUGGAAAUAAAAAAAGGGCAAGUCGGCGUGUUUUAAACGAAGAUGCUCAAGUAGAGAUUUUGGGAACAUUCGUUGCAGAACCCACCAAUUCUCUCCGUACAGUAGCACGUCUAACUGGAAUGUCACAUGAAACUGUACGACGAGCAUUACAGUUACAUAAAUAUCAUCCGUACAAGAUGCAAAUUUUACAGGAACUUCAUGAGGACGAUUUUGAUAGGAGAAUAGAGUUUUGCGAAAUUAUGUCCAACUUAAUAAACACUCGUGCAAUUGUGAAUUGUCGAUACUGGAGUGAGGACAAUCCCCACAUUUUCAGAGAGGGUGCUACACAGCGGCCACAAAAAAUUAAUGUUUGGGCCGGUAUUCUUGGAAAUGCUGUUAUAGGACCGUUGUUUAUUGAACAAAACUUAACUGGAGAGCUCUACUUACACCUACUUGAAGAUGUAAUUGAUCCUUUGAUAACAACUGAACUGGAAAAUCAAGUUGGUAACAUUUUGCAAGAAAACGAACUACACUUUCAGCAAGAUGGAGCUACGCCGCAUUAUUUUCGGCCAGUACGGGAGUGGUUGAAUAACAGAUUCCCUAACCAAUGGAUUGGUAGAAGGGGACCGAUAGAAUGUGGCCUGCUAGGUCACCAUUACUUAACGCCGUUAGAUUUUUUUUUAUGGGGGCACAUAAAAUCGGUUGUUUACAAAACUCAGCCUGAUGAUAUCGAAGAUUUAAAAAGAAGAAUUACAGAGGCAAGUAGGGCUAUUCCAGAAGAGGUAUUUCAGAAUGUUCGGGAAGAAUUUGAGAAUAGACUUUAUUUUUGUUUGGAGAACAAUGGAGAACACUUUGAACACCUCUUAAAGUAGAUGUGUUAAUAAAAUAAAUUUUAGGCGUGCUUUUGUAAAGACCAUAAUUGUAACGGCUAUGCAAAUGUUUAGUAAAAAUAAUAUUAACCUAAAUAACAUGUUUCAAUGUAAUAUUAACCUAAAUAACAUGUUUCAAUGCAAAUCAUAGCUUUAACGUAAUUAAAACACUUACAGGAAUAAUGUUUAAUAAUAAGUAAUUUAACAAUGUUUAAAUAA